AAACCAAGCUUCCACUGCUGUCCACCAGACUCUCCAACAAGUUAACCACUCACAACUACAGCAUCCUCGAGUCAUCAAAUUCAGAACCACCGGCCCAUCAUGACUUCCUCAUCAAUCAGCGUACUCGUAUCCACCUUCCAUCCGUUCCCCACCCUGUCGUUCUCACUCCCAAAGACGACCCCGACAUCCAAGCUACCAUCCAUCUUGAACCCAGUCCUGGCCUUGCCCGACCAAUCACUCUCGACCAGUAACGGGAAAUCUAUCGAUAUUAACACCAAGGGCACAUUAUCAUCUCUUCUCUCUCAAGAUGCUCAAGCUGGCUUCUUGCUCUUCAGACUCGUCCCUAAAGUCUUGGGCGGAAAGGGUGGGUUCGGUAGUCAGCUUAGAGCCGCUGGUGGUCGAAUGAGCUCUCAAAAAACUCAAAAUAAUGAUUCGUGUCGAGAUCUGAGUGGGAGGAGGCUUUCGACCAUCAAGGAAGCUCAAAAAUUGGCAGCAGCGAUUGCGGCUGAGCCGGAGCGACAUCUGGCCAAACGAAAGGAGGCUGAGGAGAAACUUGAAGGUCUCAAGAAAGAGAUUGAAAGACUAGACAGUCUAGUGAAUGGGACCGACGAGAUGAACCUGAAGAAACGGAGAUUAAACGAUAGCCAUCUCCUCACCCAAUCCAAAGAAGGAAUUGAGAAAGUUCGGAACGCGACCUCGUUGGCGAUGCUCAAAAAGAAGAAGAAACUACAACAAGAACGAAAGAAGGCGGCUGAGAAACCCACGCUCUCCAACUCUGUCAUCGUGGAAGAGGAGGACAAGGAGAGUGAAGCCCCCGCCAUCGCCUCAGCCGAAUCUCAACCUUCCACCACUGUAGCAGCUUCACCCCCCAAUGAGCCUCAACCUCCCGUCACUGAAACCUCUUCAUUAUCCAACUUGGAAGAGCCGGCUCAGCUGUCCGCACAGUCUUCUGUAACUCAAUCCUCUUCACCACCCAAAGCUAAAGAAGCCCCUGCAAAAUCGACCAAACAGAGCAAGCAGACUACCAACGAAUAAGGGGAACUGACCUCUGAGAUACCAUCACUCACAGUCUCACUAUCGACGUAUCUCUCUGUCCCGAGAUUUCUAACACUGCCACAAACUAUCCCGUCCAUAUCUACUGCUUGUGUAUAAAACCCUCAAGAUUGCUUGUAUUUCUUAUUGUGUUUUUUUUCGGCUUUCCUCGUGUCUCAAUUCAUUAAAACAACAAAAUCAAACUAUCCAAUAUCCCUUUUCUGUCUUGCAAUGCCACCCUGAGAAUGUCGCGCAUUGGACCUAAA